CGAUUUACUUAUUCUGUCAUAUUUGUCAAAUUUCAUACACGUUGUUUUGAACUCUGGUUUUGAAAUCAUACCACUCCAACUUUAAUUAAGUAUUUAAAACAAUACGGCCAAUUGUAAUAAAUUUAAAAUUAUAUUGGAAGUAUUUAAAAGUGCAUUCAAUUAUACAACAUGAGUUUUCUUACGUUGGAAAAAAGAUCAAAACUAAGUCUAACAGAGAUCAAAGAAGAAACAUUGACGGAGAAAAUAUUCCGAAUUCUCGCUGUAAUGAUGAUAAUUAUAUUUCCGUUGGCUUUGCUUGGUUGUUUCAGGGUUGUAAAGCAAUAUAAAAGGGCAGUUAUUUUACGUUUUGGAAGAGUAAGGUCGGACUCGCCGGCCGGACCUGGCAUUAUUUGGGUAGUUCCGUGUACAGACAACGUGCUACUCAUCGAUUUAAGAACUCAAUCGUUCAAUUUACCGCCACAAGAGAUUCUUACAAAAGAUUCUGUGACUGUUACGGUCGACGCCGUUGUUUAUUUUCACGUAUUGAAGCCCCUCAGCUGUUUAUUAAACGUUCAAUCUUACAAGCGAGCCACGGAGCUCAUUACUAUCUCGGCACUUCGAAAUAUACUCGGACAAUACACGUUAUCGGAAUUGUUAACAAGUCGAGAGUCUAUUAGUCGUACUGCAAGGAAGGAAAUUGAUAGAGUCACCAAUGAAUGGGGUGUUGAAAUGGAACGCGUUGAAAUAAAAGAUGUAAUAUUACCAUUUGAAUUACAAAAGGCAAUGGCAGCGGAGGCCGAAGGCACUCGACUGGCAAAAGCCAAAAUAAUCGAAGCGGAGGGAGAAAUAAAAGCCGCCGAAAAUCUUAAGGAAGCUUCAAGAAUAAUGAUGGAAAACCCACAAGUUAUGCUUCUUAGAUAUUUACAGACAUUAAAUUUUAUAGCUUCGCAGCAAAGUACUUCGAUAUUUUUCCCAUUUCCGCUUGAAAUACCCGAGCCCUAUGGGUCUUCGAGCCAUUGAAAUCAUGUAUUUGAUGAUAAAGCAUUACUUAGAACGCUUAACAUUUUUACAACGAUGACCCUUUCUUACAUAAUGUAAAAUAUUAUUUUUGCUAAUAAUUUCUGUAAAACUCUAUGCUCACACUCCUUGACACUGACAUUUUCUUUAAAUUCAAAUUCUUUUAUACUGAACGCUAUUAAAAUAUGGAAAAUAAGAUAAUUACCGAAAUACCAUCUGAAGAUAAUCAACAGAAACCAAACGACUUAGUUAUUAAUACACAAAAUCCAGACACAGAAAAAGGUUACAUAAUUAAUGAAGAUCGUACAUCAAAAGACAGCUACCGUGGUAGACACCGUAUACAAAACGUUAAAGGGGAAGAUACAUGCAUCGAAAAGUUCUUGGUAUUACUGUCGUUACUCUUGGUAGUAAUAAGUUUUCCGCUAUCUCUUUUAUGCAUAUUUGUGGUGGUGCGUCAGUUUGAACGAGCAAUUAUAUUGCGAAACGGUAAAAUUCACAAAAAUCAAGCUUUCGGCCCUGGAUUGACCUAUUAUUUACCAUGUGUGGAUACUGUCAAAUUUAUUGAUUUAAGAAUAAUUUGUUAUGCAGUGCCGCCACAAGAGGCAUUAACUAAAGAUUCCUUAACAGUGUCCGUAGAUGCAGUAGUAUAUUACAAAGUGUAUGAUCCGGUGUGGGCUGUUAUAAACGUUGCAGACUAUGACACAGCAACUCGGUACCUUGCGGCGACAACACUUCGCAACGCUCUUGGUACGCGAAAAUUAACUGAAAUACUUGGCGAUAGACCGGCUGUGAGCAGUCAAGUUUUUAUAAACAUGAAACAAAUGACUCGUGAAUGGGGCGUUAAGGUAGUCAGGGUGGAAAUCAAAGAUAUAUGUCUACCACUUCAAUUACAAAAGGCUAUGGCAGCGGAAGCCGAAUCAUCGAGAUUGGCGAAUGCAAAAAUAAUUGUUGCAAAAUCUGAAAUCGAAUCGACAAGAAAUCUGCAAAAAGCUACGACACUACUCAUGGACAACCCGUUAUGCAUGCAGUUACGAUAUUUGCAAUCUCUACACAUGAUAUCUGGAGACAAAACGCAUACCAUUGUCUUUCCAUUCUCUGCUGAGAUGUUAAGAAAAAUAUUCAAGUGAUUUUCUUCUCAUAACAUUUUACAUUAUAUUUUUUUGUUUUUAGUUAUUUU